AGAGAUGGAAACCAGAAGUAAGUCCCAGCUCCUCCUGCUCCUGACACUUUGCAGUGUCUUCUUCUCACACACGCUGGCAUGGCCUCUUCUCAGAGCACCCCCUUCUCUGAGGUUGGGUGACAGCAUACCAUUUGAAGGAGCAAGUGAACCUGAUCAAGUUUCAUUAAGGACAGACACUGACAUCUUGCAAAACGCAUUUGCUGACAAUGAUACACCCUAUUAUGAUGUAUCCAGAAAUGCCAGACAUGCUGAUGGAGUUUUCACCAGUGACUAUAGUAGACUCUUGGGUCAACUUUCUGCCAGAAAAUACCUUGAGUCCCUUAUUGGAAAACGAGUUAGCAACAACAUCUCAGAAGACAAUUCACCAAUCAAACGUCACUCUGAUGCAGUCUUCACUGACAACUAUACCCGCCUUAGAAAACAAAUGGCUGUAAAGAAAUACCUGAAUUCAAUUCUGAAUGGGAAGAGGAGCAGUGAGGGAGAAUCUCUCGACUUUCCUGAAGAGUUAGAGAAAUGAUGAAAACAC